CUUAAUAUACCUAAUUUUUUGGUGUUUUUUUCUUUUAUCCUACAUUCGAAAUUCAAGCGAUCAUAUUGCGAAAAGUGAGUAAAACUUUACACCCAUUAAUAGCUAUACUCGGCCCAUUCUCCAGUCCUGAAACAGAUUUAGUCGCUAAUUAUCUGUCUAAAUACAAUAUAGCCCAAAUCAGUCCAGGUGCCAAUGCCGUGUGGCUGAGAUCUAACAAAAGAUUUAAAUCCCUUUUCACCAUGACAACCAAUCAAAAAUACUUUGUUCACGUCAUAGUAAAACUGUUGCAACUUAUGAAAUGGAAUCGUUUCUCUAUCGUUUAUUAUGAAAACAAAUAUUUUACACAUUACAAAAACAUGAUUUUAGAAAAUUUAAAAAGUUUAAAAGCUUGCGUAAAUCUACAAAUAAGAUUAUCCCCACCAAUUUAUAAUGAUACGGUUUUUGAGAAUUUGUAUAAACACUCAUUUGUGGAGAUGAUAGAGAAUUCAAAGAAAGCGAGGCUAGUUUUGUUGUUUUUGCCCAAGAAACUUAAUAUGAUGGUGUUAAAAAUAAUAAAACUUUUGUCUCCAAACCAUAAUUUAAUAUUAUUAGCUAUCGACAAUUGGCCCGAUCUUGAUGAAAUAGUUAACGAAGGUUUGGCCACUACAGCUCUUGGGACCAUUACUAUAUCCGAAUUUAGUAGAAGUGUCACUGAUUUUUCCAAGUGGAUGGAAGCCUUCAAAGUCGACAACAAGUUGGCCUGGGUGAAAAUGAUUGUCUUAGGCAGAAAUUAUAAUUUUCCUCCUUCGUUACUACUCUCACAUCCUAUAAAUAAAACUCAAUUUCCGGGGUCUAAUUUAAGUGUUCCCGUAAAAAAGUUAUAUGAUAAACGUUUUUCUGUUAUUCUUGACACCGUUACUACAUUGAGAUAUGCCAUAGAAAAUAUGAUACAAACUGUUUGUUCUGAAGGUGACCAUAGAAUGUUUUACAAAAACUUAAUAGAAUGCGUUAAUAACUAUUCAAUUAUUCCUUAUAUCCAAGACGUUUCUUUUGUAGGAAGAACGGGAGACAUUAAGUUUAACAAAUUUAAAUCAAUCGUUAAGUUACUAAGAAUAGCCCAAAUGAUACGUAGGAUAGAUAUAAAGAGUAAUUAUGUUAAAUCGGAUGAAAUCUUCUAUCAUAAUUAUAUAUAUAAAAUGGUUGGAACUUACAAUACCUUCAAAAAUCAACUCACGAUAUUCAAUCCUUUAAUUUGGAAAAAUUAUAGCUUCGUAAAUGGAGAAACCGCCCCACUCUCAAGUUGCAGCUUGCCUUGCAUUCGUAAACAUAUAAAAAUACCUUCGGAUGUAAUAUGCUGUUGGAAGUGCGCGAAGUGCAUCAAAAGGGAGGCUUAUAGUCUAAAUCUUACUAUGCCCUGCUUUAAUUGUUCCACUUUUACCUGGCCCGACUCUAACCGAUUUAAAUGUGUUGGAUUACCAAUAAAAUAUCUUUAUUCGCUUAAACUUAUGCGAGAUCUCUUGGGUGUAUUAAUCUCGUUUGUUCUCCUUUGUUUUGUACUAGAUAUGGUGUUUCACAUGUUUUACCACAAUAUUCCUACUUUUAAAUCAGAAAUAACACCUUUAAUAGCUCUUAAAUGCCUAGGAAUUCUUCUGGGCCUCUCUACGUAUAUGUAUAUAUUAAUUAAACCUAGCAAUCAUUUAUGUGUGGCAUCGCAAUUUAUGUUGCUUCUAUCUGUAACUAUAAACUUCUGCUUACUGUCAGCCAAAAUGCUUAUUGCAAGAGUUGUGAUAGAAAAAGAAAUAAUAAAGCUGCAAACUUCAGAAGACAUUAAAAUUCCAAGCAAUUUCCAUUUUACUCAAGUGCCAUUCAACCUUACUGCAAUUCAAAUUCAAGCUAUCAAAUUAAUAAAACUGAGUAAAACUUUGCACCCAAUCGUAGCCAUACUCGGUCCUUUCUCCAGUUCGGAAACAUCUUUAGUCGCUAAUUAUUUGUCAAAAUUUGAAAUAGCUCAAAUCAGUCCAGGUGCUAAUGCCGACUCUUUGAGAGCUGAUAAAAAAUUGAAAUCACUUUUUACUAUGGCAACUGAUCAAAUAUAUUAUAUUCAGGCCAUAGUAAAAUUGUUGCAACUCAUGGACUGGAAUCUUUUUUCCAUCGUGUAUUAUGAAAAUAAAUAUUUUACGCAUUAUAAAAACAUGAUUUUGGAAAAUUUGGAAAAGCUAAAAGCUUGCGUUAAUUUACAAUUGAGUUUAUCCCCACAAGAUUUUGGUAACUCAUCGGCUUUUAUGAACUUAUACAGACAAUCCUUUAUACAGUUGAUAGAGAAUUCAAAGAAAUCAAGGCUAGUUUUAUUAUUUCUCCCUAAGGAGCAAUAUAUCUUGGUGUUAAAAUUGAUAAAACAGUUAGCUCCAAACCACGACCUGAUAUUACUGGCUCUCGACAAUUGGCCCGAUAUUCAUGAAAUAGUUGAAGAAGGUGUGGCUAAAACAGCCCUUGGAACUAUAACGAUAUUCGAGUUUAGCAGAGAAAUUGAAGAUUUUUCUAAGUGGAUGGAGGCCUUUAAAGCAGUUAACAAGUUAGCGUGGAUAGAAAUGAUGGCUUUAGGCACAAAUUAUAAUACUUCUUCACUUUCUCACCUCGGAAAUAAAACUAGCUUUUCGGAGUUUAAUUCAAGUGUUCCCACAAAAAAGAUAUAUGAUAAACGUUUUUCCAUCAUUUUUGACACUGUUGAUACAUUGGGAUAUGCCAUAAAAAAUAUGUUAAAAACAAUUUGCUCUGAGAAAAAGGAUAGAAUGUUUAAUAAUAGCUUAAUAGAAUGUGUUAAUAACGCAUCACUUAUUCCUUAUAUUCAAAAUGUUUCUUUUGUAGGGAGAACGGGAAAUAUUAAGUUCAACAAAUUUAAAUCUAAUAUUAAGGUAAUAAAAAUUGCUCAAAUGAUACAAAGGACAGAUAUUAAGAGUAAUUUUAUCAAUUCGGAUGAAAUUUUCUACCGUACUUAUGAAUAUAAAACAGUUGGCACUUACAAUCCCUUCAAAAAUCAACUCACAAUAUUCAUUCCUUUAAUUUGGAAAAACUAUAGUUUUGAAAAUGAGGAAAAUGCCCCACUCUCUAGUUGUAGUUUGCCUUGCACCGAUAAUCAAGUUAAAAUACCUUCGGAUGUGAUAUGUUGUUGGAAGUGCGUGGAGUGCUUAGAAAGGGAGGUUUAUAGCAAAAACAUAAGCAUACCCUGCUACAAUUGUCCCGCCUUUACCUGGCCCGACCCUAAAAACCGAUUCAAAUGUAUUAAUUUACCAGCCAGAUAUAUAUAUUCCUAUCUCAAAAUAUGGCGAGAUCUCUUAAGUGUAUUUAUAUCGAUUUCUUUCCUUUACUUUGUACUAUAUAUUGUGUUUUACAUUUAUCAUAAAAAUGUCCGUGCUUUCAAAUCAGAUAUAAAGCCUCUUAUUGCUUUUCAAUGCCUAGGAAUUAUUAUGGGCCUCUUGUCUAUAUAUUUAUACAUUUUAAUUAAACCCAGCUAUUAUUUAUGCGCGGCAGCACAAUUUUUGUUGCUUCUAUCUUUGACCAUGCAUUUUUGUUCACUAUCUACCAAAAUGCACAUUAUAAUAGUUAUGAUAAGAAAAAGGAUAAUAAAAUUACAGACUUCGGAAGAAAUUAAAGUUCCUAGCAAUUGCUUUUAUAUCCAAACACCACUCAUUCUCGCAGCAAUUCAAAUAACAUUGAAUAUAAUCUUCCUAAUAUACGGAGCCUUCACACCAUAUCAAAAAGAGAUCUUGACAAAUAUAAGCCAAUCCAUUAAAAGCUCGGAUAUCAAUGAUUAUGGGAUAGUUGAAAUCAGUUGUGCUAUUUACCCAGCCAAUUUACAUUUUUUUUUCAUUCAAAUAUUCUAUCAUGUUUUUACUGCUACCCUAUCUCUUUGGCUCACAUUAAAAUUGAGACGUUUCCCUAAGGAUGAAUACAAAAUGUACCGCCCAAAUAUUAUUAACGUAUACAUAAACCUGAGCAUAUUCGGAAUUGGAUUAAUGGCGUAUUUUAGCUUAAAUUCCCUGUUGGGAGUAUUGUUAUAUUUAUUAUCACUUGUCCUUCAACUUUUGUUAACGGAGAUACUGCAAAGUGUUAUAAAAAUCAAAAUUGCUCUUUUUGAAAAAGUUCAAACGCCUGUUACUAAUUUUCAAAUUCACUCAUAA